CCCUACCUUAUAAUAAUAACUAACUUCACUCCAAAUUCAUCAUAUUCACACUAAAAAAUAAUGGAACUCCACAACAACAUUCCAAUGUUCAUCCUUCUAGUCUUCAUGAUGAUGAUCACAAGUAAUGGUGGUGCUGCUGCAAAUGUUCCAGCAAUAAUUGUGUUUGGUGAUUCAUCAGUGGAUGCAGGGAACAACAACUUCAUUCCAACAAUUGCUAGGAGCAAUUUCCAGCCAUAUGGACGUGACUUUGAAGGUGGGGUUGCAACUGGGAGGUUCAGCAAUGGAAGAAUACCCACUGAUUUCAUUUCUGAGGCUUUUGGACUCAAACAAUUUGUGCCUGCUUACUUGGAUCCUAAGUACAAUAUUACUGAUUUUGCCACUGGUGUCACUUUUGCUUCUGCUGCCACUGGUUAUGACAAUGCAACCUCUGAUGUUUUGUCUGUGAUACCAUUAUGGAAGCAAUUGGAGUACUACAAGGAAUAUCAACAAAAGCUAAUCACAUAUGUUGGUGAAACAAAGGCACAUGAAAUCAUAUCAGAAUCACUAUACAUAAUGAGUCUAGGAACAAAUGAUUUCUUAGAAAACUAUUACACCAUGCCAGGUGGCAGAGAAUCUGAAUACACACCACAGCAAUACCAAAACUUUCUUGCUUCAAUUGCUGGGAAUUUCAUCAGAAAUCUCUAUGCAACUGGUGCUAGGAAGAUAUCACUAGGUGGGUUACCUCCAAUGGGGUGCUUGCCAUUGGAGAGAACCACAAACAUUGUUGGUGGAAAUGAUUGUGUUGCAAGUUACAAUAAUGUUGCAUUGGAGUUCAAUGAUAAGCUCAGGAAUUUGGCCAUUAAUCUCAACAAGGAACUUCCUGGGAUCAGAUUGGUCUUCUCUAACCCUUAUUACAUCUUGUUGUAUAUGAUCAAGAAGCCUUCUACAUUUGGGUUUCAAUCAACAUCAGUGGCAUGUUGUGGGACUGGAAUGUUUGAAAUGGGAUAUGCAUGCAGCAGAGGAGACAGGUUUAGUUGCUCAGAUGCCACCAAAUAUGUCUUCUGGGAUGCUUUUCAUCCAACUGAGAGAACCAAUAGCAUUGUUGCUGAUUAUGUGGUUAAGCAUGUUUUAGCUCAGUUCUUAAAAUAAUUAUCAUAGUUAUAAUUAAAUAAUAUCCACUUAUUACUUACUAGGGAAAUUUUAUUUGAUCUUAUUAUGAACCCUUAUUCUUCAUCUAGUUUCCUUCUCUGUAGUUGGAAUUGAUGGGAUGUGAGGUCAUGCCAUGUUAGGCUUGUGAAUGAUUAUAAUUGGGUUUAGAUAUUUGUAUAAUAUAUAAUAUAUAAUGUUAAUACAGCACAUUCACUGUGAAAUGUGCUUAAAAUUAAAAAGUGCUUCAUGUUGUUUCUAGUUA